AUGGCAGGCGAUUACACACCAGAGCAGCUACAGUGGCUACAAGACCAUAUUGAUGAGACGGAAGUCCCAUCGACACAUAUUUCGAAUGCAGUUUGCCUCACUGCUGCCACGGCAUCUGUCAUUUUGCGAUUCAUUGCACGUCGUUCAGGGAAGGCCAACCUAGGAACGGACGAUUAUUGUCUUUUCUUUGCAUACAUCUUGUAUGUUGCAUAUACUGGUGUGUUCUGGUCCAAGGUCCUGUACGGAGAGGGGCGUCAUGUCAUCCUUGUAACAAAUCCGAGAGCAUACUCCAUAGCCGUCCAGCUCAGCCUAUGCCAGGCAAGCAUCUAUAUCUUUGGAAUGCUAUGUGUCAAAUACUCGAUUCUCUUUCUCUACAAGCGCAUAUUCAACGGGAAGACCUUCCGAAAGGUUCUCGUAGGGAUUGGCUUAGCGGUCUUUGCCUGGACAAUGGCGGCAUUUUGGGCUAGUAUCUUCAGUUGCUUUCCCGUUGAGAAGAGCUGGGACACAUCACUGCCCGGAAGAUGCAUCGAUUAUGGGGGCGCAUGUCUGGCCUGGGAUGCUCUCUGGCCUGGAAAUCUGUACGGGCAUCGUAGCAUGCUGCGCGAUCACAUACAGGCCCUUAGUCGAGAAAUUAUUCGUACCGCGAAAAUCCACCAACCAGUCUUCGUCCGCAUCUAG